UUGACUCCUUCCUUCAAUCAAGUUCCAAGACAAUCACAGGCUCUCUCUUCUGUCUCCACGUUACACAUUUUCCUGAAUUGCAAAUCCUCAUUCUUCAAUUAUUUUUUAAAAUAUAUUUUCCCAUAUAAUCUGAUAAAUGAUAAUCAAAUUUUUGUGUCGCACCCCUUUUCUUUCCUAUGUCACCGAUCCAAGAAAUUCAUUUUUUAGCUCAAAACGUCACUUCUUCUCUAGCCAUCCGGCAACACUCAUCAGUUUCUGCAAAAAUCAAGGCAAAUUGACCAAGAUUAGGUAUAGUAUUUACCUACACACAAGGUCCUCAAUGAGUUGCUCUGUAACUCCAGCAAUGGCAAGGGAGAAGGAAAUGGAACAAGUGGAUAGAAUAUUAGAUGCAAAAGAGGAUGACUAUGGUGGGGUAAAUGUGGAAAUGACUAAUGAGCCCUUGGACCCUUCUGUAUUUGGUUCUUUGCUUAGAGCCUCACUUUCUCAUUGGAGACAACAGGGCAAAAGAGGUGUUUGGAUCAAGUUACCUAUUGAGCUUGUAACGCUUGUUGAACAUGCUGUUAAGGAAGGAUUUUAUUACCACCACGCAGAACCAAAAUACUUGAUGCUUGUGAAUUGGCUCCCUGGAACUGCUAACACUAUUCCGGCAAAUGCGACACAUAGAGUGGGUAUUGGUGCUUUUGUCAUCAAUGAAAGGAAUGAGGUGCUAGUUGUCCAAGAAAAGAGUGGACGAUUUCGUGGAACCGGUGUGUGGAAGUUUCCUACAGGAGUUGUUGAUGAGGGUGAAGAUAUAUGUGAUGCAGCUGUCAGGGAAGUAAAAGAAGAGACAGGGGUUAAUGCAAAGUUUAUAGAAAUACUGGCAUUCAGGCAAAGCCACAAGUCAUUCUUUGACAAGUCGGAUCUAUUCUUUGUUUGCAUGCUACAACCUCUCUCCUUUGAUAUCCACAAGCAGGAUGCAGAAAUAGAGGCAGCCCAGUGGAUGCCAUUUGAACAAUAUGCAGCUCAGCCGUUUGUCCAUGGACAUGAGCUUCUAAGGUACAUUUCUGACAUAUGCUCGGCAAAGAUGGAGGGCAGGUAUACUGGAUUCUCCUCAGUUCCUACAGUGACCAGUUUUUCUCAGAAGAAUACCUAUUUGUACAUGAAUGGCAAUGUUAGAACAAAUAGUCGCGACGACCCCUGUUAGAGGAAGCUAAAAAAUUGGUUCUUCCCUCUCCCAGAGGGGGAAAAGGAAGAAAUAUGGAUAGGAUGUUUGAUUCACCGUGACUUCAAUGAAGUUUAUAAAGGUUCAAUUAUUUUAUAUUAUGAUGUAAUGACAUGAGAGCAAUGCGAUCCAAAGUGUUCUGUGAUGGAAGUAUUGGCUUUCAGAUUUAUAUUUUUGAAUGCAAGAAGAGCCUUGGCGUAAUUGGUAAAGUUGCUGCAAUGUGACAGGAUGUGACGGGUUCGAGUCGUGGAAACAACCUCUUACAGAAAUGCAGGGUAAGUCUGCGUACAAUAGAUCCUUGUGGUUCUAUCCUUUCCUCGGACCCCGCGCAUAGCGGGAGCUUAGUGCACCUAGCUGCCAUUUUUAUUUUUUAUUUUUUAUUUAAUGUGAAGACAAGCAUUAAGUGUACAAGAAUUAUUUGUGUAUUUAUGUUUGUUUGAUUGGUGUUUGGGGGAGCCUUGGAACGACGGUAAAGUUGUCUCCGCGGGGUUCGAGCCAUGGAAUCAUGCACUGAUGCUUGCAUCAGGUAGGCUGCCUACAUCACACCUCCUGGGGUGCGGCCUUCCCCAGACCCUAUAUAAACGCAAGAUACUUUGUGCA